AUGCCACAAAUGCGCAACAACAUUGUGAAUGGAAUGAUGCGCUCCGUUGUUCGCAUCGAUGACCUUAACACACAGGCCAUUCUUGAUGGCCUGAGGAAUGCACUCAACCUCCUACAAGACUGGCAGAACCUUGCCACUUCCCCUGCGAGUCCUCCUGAUCCUGCUGGGUUUGAUGUACACCAUAUGGAAGGCCUGGCUUUGACAUUUUUGUGCUCUGUGGACGUCCCCAUUCGGGUGGCAGCCGUGAACAUUCUCAAGGCUAGCCAGAAACUCCACCAAACACUGAGAAAGAAAGCACAAUCAGGAGAUCAGGGGCUGCAGUUGCCAGAAGACACAACUUAUGUGAUGGAUGUUCUGGAGGAAAUGGGACCAAACAUUGUGGAGCACUGCUACUGGGACUUUGGGGAGUGGUCAGACAUGUGGAGACGAUGGCGACAUGUGGACGAGGGGGUGUCACUUUGGGAUGCAAUGCGGGCAUUCUCUACAGAUGAGUCGGACCUGCGGUGGUCACGAUGCUUGGGGGAAAUGGCAAUAGAGACAUCGUGCACCUGUGAAGCAGCCCUUGAUGUUGCCUAUGCUGAGGGUUGCCACAAGCUUACCAAACUAAUGUCGACUGACUCAAAAGGAACCCUGAGUUUGCCUCACGAUGCAGUUGAUGGUGGACGGCUGAAUCUCUGGAGAAACUACUGUGCCUUCUGCUGUGGCUGCCCACUCUACAAGAAGCAGAUUUCACGAACAGAGGGAGUCCUGACUACAGCCGAGCUCUUCCGCUUGCUGGUUGUGCCUCUGACAGGCGCCCCAGUGGCCCAUCAGCAAUCUGCCAUUUUGGCUUUGGGUCACUGCAAUGCUGAGUGCUAUGAUGUCCUCUUCAGAGAACUCAGAAAUGCUAGCAGCAGAGCCAACCUGAAGGCGAAGAGCAAGAGCAAGUUUGAGGAGGUGCGACUGCACAUGGCAAAUGUGCUGCGAAUUGUGGCUUACAGCAUGCCACCAGGCACAUUGAACAACAAUGUCCUACGCAAACAGUUCCUUCUCUUCAUGGACAGCACUGUCCACACACUUGUGAGCCAUCCUUUGGAUGGGCUUUACGAUGUGCACCAGCUGUGCUACUGCCUGUGCAGCAUUGCAGCAUCCACUGCACUGGAACUCAUUGGCAGCUCAGGGGAUGGCCUCACUGCUGAAAUGCGGAAGACACUAUUUAACUUGUGCUCCCAGUGGUGUGCACCAGGCUACCCUCCAGGGAGGUACGAAGAGGACAUGAAGUAUUUGAAGGCUGCUGUACUUGCCAAAGUAAAGGACACUGGCUCCCAGAAGGAGGUUGAAGACGACUUUGCACUGAGCUGCAGCCAUCUUGAACAUGCAGCCCGAACAGCAAUGGUGGCUAUGCUUCAGGGCCCACUCUUCGACAAUGAUAAGCGCUUGACUGGAACAUCGAUUGGAACAUGGAUAGACUAUCUAAUGACAUCAGGGCGACCCAAUGAUGUCCGUUUUGGGCCAUCAAAGUGCAGCAUUGCUCGACAAGCUCUUACAAAGCUGCUGGUUUCUAACCUGUUCCUCUUCGAUCCUUAUGUUGACCAAUGCUACAGUGCAAACUCUGUGGUUGCAACCGUCUACUUUCAGGUCAUUUGCGAAGUCUACUGCAGCUAUGCAGAUGUUGAUGGGAAGACAGGUGUUUUGUUGAGUUUGGUCCUUUACAAAGCAAACGACGAAGAAAAGGAGGUCCGGGAAGAUGCCCUUCACCUGCUGAAAGUCAUUGCUGAACGCGAGUGGAAUGGUCCAAUUGGUGUCGGAUGGUCUGUUGGCUGUGGUGGUGAUGUCAUGCUCAACAAUGCUGUGGUGUUGGGGAGCGUUCAGGAUUCUUGUCAAUGCUUUCAAUACCAGCUGUCUGAAACACUUGCAAGGGAGCAUCCUGAAGUGAAUGAAGAGCUCUGCGUGGAACUCAUGACCAGGCAGCUGUCUUCAGCAAACCAGCAGGUGCUGCUGUGUUUGAUUCCAUGGAUGGAGAGACUGUCGUUUUCUUCACGAUGGGAGGGUGAAUGGAGUGAGCGCCUGUUGAAGAGCAUGUACUAUGUGACAUGGAAGCAUGGAAAGCAGUUCACAUAUGAAGUUGAAAAGCUCUGGAGUACAGUGUCCAGCAACAAAGAGAACAUUGUCCCAAUCUUGGACUUCUUGGUCAGUUUUGGAAUGAAGGAAUGUGCAUCACAGGAUGCAGAGACGUUGCUUCAGUAUUUCAGUGUCCUCAAGCGCAUCAGCUUGUACCUUGCACGCACAUCACCACAACGAACUAUCGAUCACUGGGUGUCAGAGGCAUCCCAGAUGAUCCAGUCUGAAGAUGAGCUUGGCCAGGAAGAGGAGGACAAAGACAAGAAUAUGUCGGCCCUAAAAUUUUCAACUCUAGAUCAGCGUGGUGGUUUGCUGGAGCUGGCUCCACAACGGCUGGACUCCAUAGUGGCAGCUCCUGAGAGUGCACACCCUUCGUCUCUGAAGUUCAGGGAUUCUCAGGAUAUUCCACCUUUCAGUGUUCAGUCAGCCACGUCACCUUGGUCUGAUGGCUCUGCAUCUUCCUUCAGAUCGGCCACAGACUACCCACUUCUGCCAUCAUCAUCUCUGAAGCGCUCCACCUCAAAUAUCUCUGCUCCAGGAAGUGACCGUCGAGGGAGCGAGGUGUCAGCACCUUUUCUAAAGGGGUUCCUGACCCAGCCAGAGCUUGCCCUUACCCUGUUAGUGGAGGUGGCGUUCGAGCAUGGAGAAAAGUUCAAUGAACACCUACCAGUAUUGUUCCACAUUGCUGUGAUCUGCAUGGACAGCGUCAAGCCAGUUGUCAGGCUGCACUGCCAACAGCUAAUUGUCAAUUUGCUCAAUGCUCUUGCAAAGCAACAGUUGCGUGCAACAAAACAUCCAGAGCAGAAUGCGAAGCUUGCCAAGUUGGCUGCAUUGAUCAGUUCUCUUCAGUCCAUGAAGGGGCAGCCAUUAUGGCCCCAUGAAGAUGUGGACUUGCGGACAGGUGGACUCAGCAGUGAAGAUGCAGUGAGCGAAUUUGUCAAUGCCAUCUUGAGUUGCAGCAAUGAUGAGUCCACGUUGAGGACCCAAUGGAUCCAGGAGGCCUCUACUUGGGCUGUAGAGUGUCGACACCGGCAUGCAGCUUGGAGAUCCCAUCAGGUUUUGCGAGCUCUGCAACCGGCACCCUCCAGCGAACUGUUCCUCAAUCUCUUGCAGUGCUUGAAAGCAUGCUUCUCAAGCCCCACAGCAGCCGCAAUGCAGAGUGUUUUGGAGCUUCUCAGGACACUGAAGGCUGUUAUGAGCAGGCUGCCACCGUCCAAGAUGGUCCUUUAUCCACAAAUCUUCUGGACAUGUGUUGCGCUGUUGCCAUCUGAUUACGUCCACAUCUUCAGGGCCUCAGUUGAAGUGCUGCACUACAUGUUGCAGUGCUCCAGCCUCAGCAAUGACAUCAUUUUGAACGUCCUUCUUGCCACAGCACCAACGUCCGCACACAAUGCCCCGAUUUUGUACUCUGAUGCUCUUCCAGCAGGACAGGUAGAGGGAGCCAUCUAUUCCCAGGACUACACUUGGUCUCAUACUCUGCAACAGUGGGCCAUUGGGGCUCAACUGUUGCUCCUGGAAUCAGGUAAUGAGCAAUCACCUGUUCUGUGCUUGCAGCAACUCCUUUUGAAAGGAGUGUGCAUGCCAGACAUUCAGACCAGCACCCUUGUGCUGAUCACACUCCUGGCGAAGCAGAUGGCACAGAAUCCCAGUGGUCUGUUUGGCCCGCUGAACAUGAUGACAAAGAAUGGGGAAGACCAUGAGGCAAGUGUGGAGGUGCAUGUGGAUCCUUUCAGGACUGCAUUUUCCAGUGUGUUGGGCGACCUUCAUGCCCAGCUAUUCACGUCGUUGAUGGGGAUAGUUCCAUGGAUCUGUGUUGCUAUCUGCAACCAAAAUCGAGAGCACAUUGCUGAGGCAUGUGAGGCACUGGCACGUGCUUGUGACUAUAACAAAUUUGACGGCAUUGGGGCAACUGUCAUGGCCUUCAUUGAGACCGAUGCUCAGGGACUGGAGAGCGCAGUGCAGGAUUUCUGCAGUUCUCUUUGCGAAGAGGCUCCUGCCAUGUUCAUUUGUGUGAUGGUUGGGCAGUGGACGUCCUUGGUGCAAAACAGCGACUUGACCUAUGCUCGUGUGGGCAUGACACUCCUGGGCGGUGUGUUUGCGAGUAGAGGUCGGGGAGGACUCCAGAGCAAUGCGGCUGCCAUUGCGGACCUGGCAGUGAAUUCCACACUGUUUGCGGCACUGGGUGCUCACUUACAGGGGAGCCUCAACCACGAAGCGAAACGCGUUUUGUCCUCCAUGGUGUCUUGUGCCAGCGGCCAGACAGCUGUUGAGGAUGGGCCCCAAUGGGCAACUGCCCUGGAGAUUGGGUUGCAGCUGCAAACUAGCACUGUCUUCAACACAGAACAAGUGGUUGCCGCCCUCAGUGCUAUGCUGGAGACAUGCCCUCAGCACUUACGAAAGAACAGCCGACGUGUGGUGAUGCCCUUCGUAUCUCCGAGUGCCCCAAUGUCUGAGCCAAGAACCUCCGGGCAAGUGAGGUGA